AUGUCAGCUAUAUCGGGAGGUCCUAGUCGAAAAAGGAGAAGAGAAAGCGGUCUGGGACCUGAGAUCGUAGAUCUUUCUGAUGAUGACGCCUCGGUGAUAGAUCUUUCCAAUGAAAACAACAGUCUGCAAGGUUUGCCAUCGCGACACCCACAACUACGAGUGAGAUUCCCUGUAGAGGAAAGCAAUCAGCACUGGCAACCACAGGAGAGGUUUCAAAUGGAGGAGGAUGAUAGUGAUGAUGAUAUAGAGAUAUUAGCAGUCAACACAACCAACCCUGAGCCUGUAUCCUCAGACACGCGCAGAAGAGCUGACAAUAUAGAGGAGGCGCAAGAUGCCUUCCAUAUUCCAGAUGAUACAUUUGACAGCAACGAUGAUUUGGAAAUAACCGAGGUACGACAGGGCGGAUCACCAUUAACGCAUAUUUUCACACCUUUUGGGCCUGUUCACUAUCAUCCCGAACACGGUCCAGCUCUGUAUGGGAGUGAGCGAGAACAACAUCAGGAGGGUGACUUCUUGCCGUUACGUAAUGGCAGAAGGCGAACAGGCUUUGUUCCUCUUCCUUAUAAUACACAAGGUUCUCGUUUGCCUUCGUCUCCCCGCAUUAUUGGCCCACCACGGCAUCAACAACGACCACAAAGAGGACGAGGGAAUGUGCAAUCCAAUGGUCAACACAACACUAAUUUACCACAGAAUGUGCAUCCUGGAAGACAAAUUAGACCCAGAGGUCACGGUGGACGUAGACAAACUGUACACCAAGGAGGAUCAAGGAGCCACGCUUUUGCAUUAGGAGCCAUUCCAGAUUUUGUGAAUCGAGUAAAUUUUAAUUUCGGGUCCCAUGGUGAAAACCAUGUAUCUGAGUUUUUGCCGCAUUUCUUUUUCCCCAACAUUUACGGUAGGGGGGACGUGUCACCCGAUGACUUUGAAAACAGUAUAAUGCAGAGGAUUGAAGAAGAUAAUAACAGAGCUGCUGAUGCAAGAUUGGAAAGAGAAUCAAACUACAAUCGAAAGUCGAUGAUGGAGAAGCAAAAACUUGCGGCAGCCGAAAAUUCCAAGGGUACUCACACAAGUAAAAUCAACUCCGGCGAUAACCUCGUUUGCGAGUUGUGCGGUGUUACCUUGGGAGAAGGGGUACCGGAGGAUUUCAAGGGGGAUCCCAAGUACGAUCAUAAUUUUGCAAAGUAUGCUGAUCAGUAUCGGACACAAGCACCAUGGUUUUGCGUGAACCCAUUUACAAGCGCAGACCACGACCUAAGCAAAAGGAUAUUUGCCUCUAAGUGUGGACAUACAUUCUGUGGGAGGUGUGUCAAGAAUAUUGGAGGGCGGCCCACAAGAAAAGCAAAGGAUUCUCCUUCGGGUUUUACUGUAAAGAAUCCAAGCAUAUAUGCACCGACGAAAUGUCCUGCAAAAGAUUGUGCAAAGAAAUUUGUUGCAAAAGCAUUUACUGAAGUUUACUUUUAG